GGCAACCGGUUUGGGAAAAAACGCACCGUUGACUCAAGAGAAAAGAAAAAAAAAUAAAAGAUGUAUCUGCUCCGAAGCGAUUCGAACUAGGGUUUCCGCACUGAGAGUGAAAUCCGCAGCCCCGAGAGAAAAUUAACGGCAACAAACCACAAACCAAGUUUUCCCUCCAUAAUUCGGUUGAUUAUCCAACUGGAAGUCUCAGCCUUUUCUCGGAUCAAGACCAGAUUCAGCCGGAAUUCGAUGAUUGGUUGAUUCACUGAAGUUUCAUCCUCUGUCGUUCACGGCCGGAAAAUAAAAACGAUGGCUUCCCGGUUCCAGGACGCGCCGCUUGUUACAGCUCCGUCCUACCCCGACGCCGUCGCUUGGUCCCCGGAGAAUCUCAUCGCCGUCGCCGCCGGCCACUUCGUCAUCAUCCUUAAUCCGGCAUUGCCCUCUGGUCCCCGUGGCUUGAUCACGAUUCCUAAUGCCGAGCCUUAUCAGAUAGGAGUGGUUCGACGAGAAGAUUUGCUGACUGGUGGGCUCUUACCUUCGUGUUUGAAGCGGGAUAGACAGCCCUGUGUUCGAUCUCUCUCAUGGUCUGACUUAGGAAUGUCUUCGAACUAUGGGUGCUUACUUGCUGUUUGCACGGCAGAAGGGCGGGUUAAGCUCUACCGACCUCCUUAUUCCGAGUUCUGCGCCGAGUGGAUAGAGAUUGUAGAUGUGUCGAAUAUGCUUUACGAGUAUCUAUCUUCCGUCAGCUUUGGAGAGCUUGAUAAUCCUCACACAGAAUUGUCCAAGGAGCAAGUAGUAGAGCCUGAGUUUGAAGAUGAUGAGCAGAAUUUAAUUGUAAGGGCCUCUAAGAAAAAAAGGACUAGUGUAGACAAGAGUGAUCUGCAAGACAAGAGUUACACAGAUCAGCCAUCAUAUUCUAAGCAGAGAAAGAAAAAGGUACUUGGGUCUGAAACUAAUGAACAGGCGAAUAACACACAGCAAUUUCUCUCCCCGUGUAAAGCUCAAAAGAAGUGCACUGUGGAGAUAAGUCCAUUGAAAUACGUUUCUCGUGACGCCGUGUUGUCCUUUCUUUCUGUUGCCUGGUCACCUCUGUUAAGUUUCUCAUCCAAAACUUCUUCACAUGGGAAUCUGCGAAGAUUCUCGCUUUUGGCAAUUGGUUCAAAGUCUGGUGAUGUUUCACUAUGGAAAGUUUAUUCACCAGAAUGCUACAACAUUGACCGUAGCAAUGUAUCUCCUGACGUGAAACAUAGAGGGAUGCUCCAUGCUCAUAGUUCGUGGGUUUCAACGUUGAGUUGGGGAAUUGUUGGGUCUGAUUUUUCAAAUCCUCAAGUCCUGUUGGCUACUGGGAGCUCUGAUGGUAGUGUAAAGAUCUGGACGAGCAACAACAAUGACUUGCUUGAGUCUUCAGAAAAUAAAUGUUCGUUUUCUCUGUUGAAACAGGUUCUAUCCACCAAUCCUGUCCCGAUUUCAACCCUUUCGCUUGUUGUGUGCAACCAUUCUGAAGCAAUGCACUUGGCAAUCGGCAAAGGCUCUGGUUCCUUCGAAGUAUGGAUUUGCGAAAUAUCUGCCUGCAAGUUCAAGAGAAUCGGCUCUUGUGAUGCUCAUGACCAAGUUAUUACAGGUCUAGCUUGGGCAUUUGAUGGCCGCUGUUUGUACAGCUGCAGUCAGGAUAAUUAUGUCCGGAACUGGAUUUUGCGUGGGAAUACCAUUUCUGAAGUACCGAUGCCAUCAAACAAUCCUGGUCUGGUCAGCACAACUGAAAUUUCCGAUGAAUUUCUUUCGUGUCUUGGCAUUGCAUUGUCUCCUGGAAACCUUGCAGUUGCUUUGGUUCGAACCUUUAAUAUCGGUCUCUUGGAUCAAAUGUACCAAGCCAGGUCACAGAAGGCUGUGGUAGAAUUUCUCUGGAAUGGCGCCCAACUAUCCGGUGAGUCUGAAGAUUCAUCAGGAGCAAUGGCUGAAGCUCAUGUCGAUCUCAGCAAGAACGAAUUGGCUUGCUGGGAAUGCAAUUUCCUCUGGUCCUUGAAGAAAUUCGAAGAUUCGAGUAAGGCACUGGUUACCUGGGACGUUAUAGCCGCAAUGCAGGCAUUCAAACACUCAAUGCCAGAGUUCAUUGAAUUGGUAGUGACCGAAUGGCUCUCAGUGUCGUAUUUGGGAUAUCAAACUGAUAUGUCCACAGGAGAACUCUUGCAGGAGAUAUCCAAACGCUUCUCUGCCGUCCCUUCCCGGCUCUUGCAGAUUCUCAAUGUAAUUUCUCGACGGGUAAUGUUGUCAGAGCUCAAGACAGAGGAAAUCAACGGAAAAGUUCGGGAAAGGAGAACAGAUGAUGAGGAAGAUAUUGGUUUGUGGCUUGAACUUCUUGAGAAGAGUGAAAGAGAACUCCGGGAGAGAUUGGUUGGCCUUAGCCUCUCGGCUUAUCUGAUGGCAGAAUCUCGUCCAGCUUGUGAUCCACAUUCCAUGAGACUUUGGCAUGCCACUGGGUUAGCUCAGCUGCAACGAUGGGUUGACAUGAAUCAUGUCCAUGUCCAUGGUGAGCUGGAAACGCUUGCUGCCAAAGUUAAAUCGCAUCUAACGAGAUCAAGAAGCACAGAAACAGAAGCAGAGGAGAAAUGUCCGUAUUGUUUAGCAGCAGUGCAUUUUCACUCGCCAGAAGAAGCCUUUUGCCAAUCUAAACUCCAAAACAAGAACAAAAGCAGCAGCAGCAGCAAGAACAAGAGCAGAAACAAAGACAGAGAAGGAAAUGAAGAGAAAUCAGAUCAAAGACACAAGCUAGAGAGGUGUUCUGUCUCAAUGCAGGUAUGCCAACCAACUCCCCAAUGGUUCUGCAAAUGCUGUCACAGAUUUUCUUCCAAACUCGUUCCCGAAGCCCUAUUUACAUUGCCCUCUUUCCCAACCGAUCAUAAAUCUCUUCGGGAAUCUUCCUUGUUCGAAGUUUUGGCCAAACCAGUGUGCCCUUUCUGCGGAAUCUUGAUGCAGAGAAAGCAGCCCGAGUUUCUGCUCUCUGCUUCGCCUGUUUAAGCAAGUGUUUCACAUACAAAGGUUUCAUUUAUUGUUGAUCUUGUAACAUACGCUCAAGAAGUAGUUUGUAUUAGAUUUAUUUUAUCCUGUUCUGUACAUUUCUUUCAUCUUCUCGUUGCUAAAUUGUUACAUCUUCAA